AUGAGCUCACAAGACAUUCACCCUGGAUACUCCCAUGCGGAUGCCUUUGACGAAGGCUUCCUCCCGGUAGGAUCUAUCCAUAAAAUCCAUUACGAACAGUAUGGGAAGAAAGACGGCAAGCCAGUAAUCUUCCUCCAUGGAGGACCCGGCGGACACUGUACCAAGGGAAAUACCACCUUCUUCAACCCUGAUGUAUACCGUGUCGUCCUGUUCGACCAGCGUGGUUCCGGGAAGUCUCUCCCAAACUCCGAAAUGCGUGAGAACACGACUCACCAUCUCGUCGAAGAUAUUGAAGCUCUCCGCAAGCACCUCGGUGUCGAGAAGUGGCACAUGGUAUUCGGGGGUUCCUGGGGUUCGACCUUGUCCUUAGUAUACGCGCAGGCCCACCCUGAAGCCGUUGGCUCUCUCGUCCUUCGAGGCAUCUUCACCUUCCGGAGGGAAGAGCUUGAGUGGUCUCGACAUAUCGUUGCUGGUCGUCUGUACCCCGACGCGUACGAGGAAUUUGUUAACUUCCUCCCUGAGAAGGACAGAGAGGACGUUGUGGCCGCAUACUACAAGCUUAUACAGUCUGAUGACAAGCAGACACGCAUCACAGCCUCCAGAGCAUGGAACAAGUGGGAGUUGUCUAUCAGUGAACUGCGUCAGAAUCCUCAGAGCCUGAGCAAGUUGGAUGAUGAGGACUGGACGCUAGCACAUGCUACAAUGGAACUCCACUAUGCUGUGAAUGAUGCUUGGAUUGAACACGGUUCAUUGUUGAAGAAAGAGAAGAUCGACCUAAUCAGACACAUCCCCAGGCGUUACGAUAUUGUAUGCCCACCUCAGACGGCCUAUGAACUGCACAAGGCAUUCCCUGAGUCUCGGCUGUUUUGGAUUGCGGAUGCCGGACAUAGCGCAAUGGAACCCGGAACGCGCAGUAAAUUGACUGAGACUUGUGACGACUAUGCUUCUCUAUGA